AGCGAAGGCCCUCCUCAGCCCGCGUGAGCCCACAAACGGCCCAAUCGAGACGCACACUGAGACGACCCUUUACGACCGCUGCGCACGUGCCGGGUCCAGCAUGGACAUCGCAACGCGCUUCCAACCCCGGCCGCGAGGCACUUCAUAUCUUGAUCAGCCAGGAGCUGGGCUUUCCGAAGAUACAAGCACCGAGGUUGACCCCCUCGCACGCCGCAACCCGAAGUUUCAAAGGACACCCAGCGGCGACGAUUCCCACAAGGACGCUUCAGCCUUUCGUAAGCCAACCAUCCCGGCAUCUGCUUCCCGACCGCAGACAGAACAGCCAUCAGGCCUGAGCCACCGACGGCGCAGCACGCUGCGCGAGAAUGUGCGAGUGCCCAGUGGUCCGCGAGAGUAUCCUGGGAGCCCGGGCAAGAGGAUCUUCAGUGGGAGCAACGGAAGCGUCACUUCCAUCUCUAACUCUGCCAACAGCUCCCGCACGUACCUGCCGCAAGCAACAUCUGAGCCAUACUUCAGCAAGAACGCCGAUGCGCCUCGCUUCAGCUUCGACAGACCCUCCUCGAACCGUUCAUACGAAUCGACUGCGAUGUCGGAAGCGCGAUCAGGGACCGACUUCAUGCCCACUCUCAACUUUGACGAUGUACAAACCUCUAUUGCUAACUACGAUGGCAACUCGUCGCGCUCUUCGCUCUUGAGCGAUUUUCCAGCUAGCGACUCUGGAAGAACCCUGGUGACAAAAGCUAGUAGCAGCAAUUUGUCGAAGAACACGACGACGUCGGGACCGCAAGGGGGCACAGCUAUAGGCACCAAGAAAAUGCAGGCGCGCGAAGAGCUCGGACUGAGAAGAGAAGGAAGCUUUCGCCGGAGGCUGAGUGCAGUAGUAGGCGGUAAGCCCACAAAGACAACAUCCACGCCGAAGGAACCUGCGGCCGGCACACUACCACCUAGUGAACUCUCGCUGCGAUCCAGGAGGCAAAGCGCUGCUCCGCAAGGGCCUCCUCCAUCAGGACCAGCGCCCCCGCCUGCGGGAGCUGCGUCGAGACCGCCGAGGAAAUCGCUGGGACCAGGUGUGAUAGCGUCCAUGAUGGAAGGCAGGAAGCUCAGCCAACCUCUAACAACGUCGACUACCGACCCCAAUCUGAGAUCGAAUCUGACCAGAACAAGCAGUCUCAGCAAAAAUGCACGGAGGACAACAAUGCAACCUCCAGCAUCGAGCGGCGCCGAGCUACCUCGCGCUCUCACUGCUACCACACAAUCGCGAGCGAACAAGGUCAAAAGUCUCCAGCCGCCGCCUCGGCAGUAUCGAGAGCAGGACCCAUAUCCAGACACAUCCCCUAUGCGUCCAGUAUCUAAAGGUAACCCCAAUCGGUCUCACACGCCAUCCUCAUCUGGCAAACGCCAGUCCACAGCAUCAGGCAGGGCUUCCGGGCUCGGUGCACGCACAAUCAGCCCAACAGACGCAAGGCGCCUCAAGCGACUCUCGAUGAUGCAAGCGCCGCCUCUUCCCAAUCAAUCCUCGUCCAAGGAGCUUCCGCUACCCCCUCCACCCGCCGAAGAGUUUCGAAUGUCGAAGCCUGAGCUGCCGCGUCUUGCACAGCAAAGUCCUAGUCUGAUUCCACGCAAAACGAGCGUUGCUACCCCCACUUCAGCACGAGCGUCACCUGAAAGCAAAUAUGGUCAGCAUGGUGGCGUCAGUCUCAGCACCAAAUCGAGCUAUGCAUCGUUAUCCAACUCGUCCGCCAACUCUAUUUCUCGCCUUCCAACUUCCAAAGGCCCGGGGGCUCACACGAGCACUGCGCAAUAUGGGGAAGAUGAAGACAUGGUGCCUCCGGUGCCAGCGAUACCAAAGGCCUACGAAAGCCCGAAGGAGACGGCCCACCAGGAGUACUUUAUGAAUCCGUCGAGGUCUUCGCAAUCCGGCUUACUCGGUAAGGGCGAAUUGAUGACUUCGGAGUCUGACAACAACCAGGCUACGAAAUCGCAGAGACAGGACAUCGAGGCUCGAAGGAAGCAAUCAGGAGAGAGUGCCCGAGCGCAUCAACGUAUGAACACUAUGGACGACAUUGAGAGAAGUGCCAUUGCCACUGCUCAACGAAUGUCCAGGCAGCAGCAAGACCACAACGGACGCAAGAAUGCCAACUUGCAGCCACUACGCCUGCCACCACUCAAUCUCAUGCCCAUGAAUGCAUCCACCAGGGACCGGAAUGCGAGCUAUGCCAGUCAAAGUCAAGACCUGACAUUCGAGGACAGCUUCAAUUUAUCUCAAACACCAGAGCCCAAACGCAUUGCUAAGACCCCCUCGACGCCCAUGACUGCGAGUAAGGCAACGUUUUUCCGACGACAGGAAGAUGAAGCCGCCAAACAAAAGGCGGUUCGAAGCUCAACGUCUCACUUCGCUCUUCGUGACCUCAUGCAGCUUGAUGAUCAUACGACAAAAUUCUUCGAAGAUAGCGACGCCGAAUUCACUGGUAGCGGUGUGCCCAUCCCUGCGUCUGCCCAGCGCAAUGCCAUCACCCCGUUCUCCUCUGGUUCGCUUCCCAAAAGGUCGACCGAAUUCGCAAGAGCCCACCGACCAAGACCUAGUGGUGACUUUACAAGUGGCGACUUUACCUUGGGCAAAUUCCAAAACUAUCAGGUGCAAGAUCCGGCACAGCACAAGCCUUCAGGUCCUCGGCCGAGCCGGAGUGGGACUGAUACCUCUUACAAAACCGUGGAGACGCCCUCGUCUUUUGACAGUCCAACAGCAGAAACUGGAUCGGCGGACUCGAAGAAGGACAGCUCUAGCGGCGGCUUGCGACGAAAGCUAUCCCUCGGCUGGCACAGGAGUAGCAGCAAGGGCAAUAAUCAGCUGGACGCCAAGCCAAGUUCGCAAGACGGGCCUGUAUCGGAGAAGGAGAAAAGCAAGCUGCAGAAGCGCCAAAGCGAGAUGCCGCCACCGAGACUGCCAGCCAGUGCCACAUGGACAGGUGAGAUUCCUUCCAUUCCUGCGAGCACAUCGCGGCCCAGCACGGACUCCAUACGCCGGAAGUCAGGAGCGGUAUCGACCCAAGCCAUCGCAAACGCGAAUUCUGCCAACCUCCACGACAUUCCUGCGAUGCCCAAGACGAAGAGCCAGCAUAGCGAACAGCCACAACCAGUGGCCCCUACUCAUAGGUCUACAAGUUGGAGUAUCACCAAUUCCUCUACCAGAGCGGCUGCUUCCAAAACAGUGCCUACUGCCACAACUCGAAAGACGUCUUCAGUGGUGCCGACUCUGUCUGCGAUUGUCAAGGACAAAGAUGAUCUUGCAGCUGAUGAGGAAAUGCGCCGACUUUCACAGAAGCGACGCGAUGUGGACACAGCUGCUCGCGAGAGCGAAGAACUCAAGAAGCGAGCUCUUGCACGCUCGCCAAUGUCGCCAGAGCGCGUGCUGCACGAUCGGAACUGUACACUGAACAUCUUCGAGCGUGGCGAGAUUGUAGACUUCGAGAAAGAGGGCAUUUACUUCACGGGCAGCAAGUCUGCACGCAAAAUCGUUGGCAGCCUGUCGCCAGCUUCAGGGGAUAAAGAUAAGUCUGGUAAUUAUGGCUAUGACGACGAGCGCGGCGAUUACAACAUUGUGACUGGGGAUCACCUCGCCUACCGAUACGAAGUCGUCGACGUACUUGGUAAGGGUAGCUUCGGACAAGUCGUCCGCUGCGUUGAUCACAAGGAAGGCGGUAUUGUCGCCAUUAAGAUCAUUAGGAAUAAGAAGAGAUUCCAUCAGCAAGCUCUGGUGGAGGUCAGCAUUCUUAGCCGUCUGAGGGAAUGGGAUCCUGAUGGCGCACACGCCACGCUUUCGAUAACAUCGUCCUUCUAUUUCAGAUCGCAUCUCUGCAUCGUCACGCCAUGCCUCAGCAUCAACCUAUACGAGCUCAUCCGGGCUCACAACUUUACUGGCUUCUCGCUGCCUCUGAUCCGAAGAUUUUCACGGCAGCUGCUCGCAUGCCUGGUUCUGCUCCAGAACAAGCGGAUCAUCCACUGUGAUCUCAAGCCCGAGAAUAUCCUCCUGUGUGAAGCGCGGAAAGCCGACUGCCGCGUCAUCGAUUUUGGCAGCAGUUGCAAAGAAGAAGAAAAAGUGUAUACGUAUAUUCAAUCGCGAUUCUAUCGCAGUCCGGAGGUCAUCCUGGGCAGCAGCUAUGGUUUGGGAAUUGAUAUGUGGUCACUCGGAUGCAUUCUGGCUGAACUCUGGACCGGGUAUCCGCUCUUCCCCGGAGAGAAUGAGCAGGAACAACUUGCAUGCAUUAUGGAAAUUUUCGGACCUCCAGAUCGACAUCUCGUGGAGCGGUGUACAAGGAAGAAGUUGUUUUUCGAUUCCGUUGGGAAGCCUCGCGUGACCGUCAGCAGCAAGGGCCGACGAAGGCGGCCUAGUUCUAAAACGUUAUCACAGGCACUCAAGUCGGAGGACGAAGCCUUCCUGGACUUCAUCACCAGGUGCUUGCGUUGGGACCCUGACCGACGACUCAAACCUCAGGACGCGAUCAAUCAUCCAUUUAUCACGAACCAGCCCAUGAACCAGCGUCCAGGGAUCCCGGAAGAGGCGAGGAGAGCGGCACGAGUGCGAUCCACAGCUGCUGUCCCUGCUGGCAGUGGCACCAACGGGGUACCGAGCCCCAUCAAACGAGUUCACACCACUGCGGCCACCCCCUCCGGCACAGGCAAUGCUUUUGCUCAACAGCAAGUUUCCGCAACCCCGGCGCCCAAGGAGCGAACUCGACCUUUGCCAGAGACACCUCAGACCGCAGUCCGCAGUGGUGUCUCUGUAGCACAGCCUACACUCGGUUCUCCUUCGAAACGUGUCCAGACUUCUGAUCACAUACGAAAGACUAGCACUGCUCAUGGACCUACUGCUACAAAGAGAGCCAGUCAAGGGGUGCCUGUCAACAGUGCUGCUUCAGCUGCUGUAGGUACGACACAGCAACAACGAGUGGCAAGCGGAACUGCUGCUGCUGCGAAUUUGGCAGCCAUGGCGGCUCGCGAGGCAAAUGCCAACGCCAAUGCCAAUGCCAAUGCCAAUGCCACUGCCUCCACUCGGUGGAGGUCUUGAGAUGCUUCUUCUCGUUACUCUUGAACCCACUGAGGCACGUUGCAUGGUUCGUAAUGAGCUCGCAGAGGAAGGAACAAGUGUUGAUGUAAUACUGUACAAAAUAUCAUUGCAACGGAAUGAGCAUGGCGCUGGCUUCGCUGCUGUCUACUACUCAUGGCAUGAUGCUCUAGGGGCAACUGGGGGACGAAAAGACUCGGUGCGUGCUACGAUACACUGGUUCCGAGUGGGACGGAGAGGUCAUGGGAGCCUACCAACGAUUGAGAAGAGCGUCUAUUUGAUCCUGCGCUCUGCUAUAGAGAUGUUAUGAUGGCUGGUUUUAUGUUAGAGGUGGGAUAGUAUGAAACAAGGAAAUUCACCAAUUCCCC